GGUGAUGAACGCGGUCAAGGCGACUUCGUAUUUCAUGGGCGCUUUACCCGAGGACGGGUUGCGACGGCUGCCCAUCGUGUGCAUAGAGGACGCGGUGUUGCACCCGAGCCUGCCGCUGAUCGUGUGGUUCAUGGCGGCGCACAGUAAAGGCUGGUUCAUCCCCCCCGAGGCUCGGGGCGCGGCGGUGCGAUUCAUCGCCGAGGUUGCCGCGUGUCCGUACAAAGACCGCGAUCUCGUAGCCGCGAUCGAGGCUGACGAGGAGGACCUCGCCAGGCGGGACACCGCGAGCGGCGCGGCGGAUCCGCUGUGCAACCUCGCGGUCGCGACGCGCGACCUCUCCAACGAGAGCGCGUGUCACGUCCUGGCGCUCCUGGUCCGAGCCAAGUUUGGCGGGUUGAGGGGCGACGUGGGCAUGCUUCGCGGCGCGGCGAAGGCUUGGCGCCGGCGCUUCCUCGACGCCGAGGCCGUUGGAGACGCGGGCGUCGACUGGCACGCGAGGCUGCGCGAGGUGUACACCGCGGCGGCGGCGAAGGCUGCGGAGGCGACGGGCGGCGUGACGGGCCUGCCUGACAAGUCGCCUGGACAGACUUGGACGGCACCGCCGCUCGCCGCCGCGGCUCCGGUGGACGUGGACGUCAUCGCCGAGCGCGACGUGCCCACGUCCGCGAUCGACUUCCACGUGUCGAACAUCGUCGAGGAGCUCAUGCAGCAGGAUAAGGUUCGCGCGGCGCUGCUUCGGGCGGUGGAGCGCGCGCCGACGCUGGGCGACGACCUGGGCGAGACGCUGAGGUCGUGCAUCUGGACGCACUGCUCGAGCGUGACGGACAAGUCGACGUUUGCGUUGGGGAAAGAGACGGACGUCGUGCCGGAGACGCAGACGCAGGGCGCGUGCGAGUCCGCGCUCAGAGAUCUGUGGGAGGAGAUAGAGGGACCCGCGGAGAGCUUCCAGAGGAGGCGGAUCAAGAGGCUGUUCUUCUGAGCGUCGGACUCGCGGUUGUAAUCGUACCUGGUAGAGAGGUC